UUUAAUCCUAAAGAUUGAAUCUUCAACAGCAGAAGAACUUGAAACACUCUGUUUUCGACUUCAUUGCAGAUGUUUUGGUAGAGCAAGCUCCGAUGGGUUCGUUGAGACUGUCCAUUCCAUUGGACCCUUUCGACUCAAAAAGGUUUCAUCUUUCCGCCUCUAGAACCUUCAUCAUCGGUUCUCCGAUCAGUGUCAGUAAAAUUAGAGUCGCCCGUCUCGAUACUGAAGCAAACGAGGCUGAUAAUGGCAUUGACUCUGUAAGUGAAGCUAGUGGUGGGAGAAGCUGGAGUUCUAAAUUGAAAGGUGGAAACAGUCUCACGAGAGGGAUAAAGAAAGAUGUAGCUCGAAAGUUCAGUUUCAGAAGAGAAAGCAACGACCUUGACCUUGAGAUUGAGGGUUUGUUUGUUAACAACGAUGUUAACUACUCCGCUUUAAAGCCAGGUUUGAGUCUAGACCAUUACAACGCUAUACUGAAACGCCUCGAGAGUUGCAGUGACACUAAUGCCCUCAAGUUCUUUGACUGGAUGAGAUGUAAACGCAAACUAGAAGGUAACAUCGGAGCUUACAGUUUGAUUCUCAGAGUUUUAGCAAGGAGAGAAGAAUGGGACCGAGCCGAGGAUCUCAUCAAAGAGCUGUGUGGAUCUCAAAAGAGCUUUCAAGUCUUCAACACGGUUAUAUACGCGUGUUCUAAAAAGGGGAACGUGAAGCUAACUUCAAAGUGGUUUCAUAUGAUGUUGGAGUUAGGUGUUAGACCAAACGUGGCUACAAUAGGUAUGCUCAUGGGUCUUUACCAAAAGAACUGGAACGUGGACGAAGCUGAGUUAACAUUUUCUCAUAUGAGGAAGUUUGGGAUUGUCUGUGAGUCUGCUUACUCCGCGAUGAUAACGAUCUACACUCGUUUGAGAUUGUACGGUAAAGCAGAGGAAGUUAUAGAGUUGAUGAAAGAGGAUAGAGUGAGGAUGAAGCUAGAGAAUUGGUUAGUGAUGCUUAAUGCUUAUAGUCAGCAAGGGAAGAUGGAGCAAGCUGAGUCUGUGUUGAUCUCUAUGGAAGAAGAAGCAGGUUUUGCUCCUAAUGUAAUUGCGUACAAUACUCUAAUCACUGGUUACGGUAAGGUUUCGAAAAUGGAGGCUGCGGAGAGUUUGUUCCACCGCUUCAAUGAUCUUGGGAUGAAGCCAGAUGAGACUACUUACAGGUCAAUGGUUGAAGGUUGGGGCCGUGCUGGCAGUUAUGAGGAAUCAAAACGUUACUAUCAAGAGAUGAAGAGGUUGGGGUAUAAACCAAACUCAUCAAAUCUCUUUACUUUAAUCAAUCUCCAGGCUAAGUAUGGAGACAACGAAGGUGCUAUCAAGACUAUUGAAGAUAUGGUCAGUACCGGAUGCCAAUAUCCUUCCAUCCUUGGCAUCGUUCUGCAGGCUUAUGAGAAGGCUGGGAACAUUGAUGCGGCCCCUUACGUUCUCAAAGGCUCUUUCCAUAACCAUAUCCGUUCAAACCAGACUUCUUUCUCUAUUCUAGCGAUGGCUUACAUCAAACACGGUAUGGUCGACGAGUGCUUGGCCUUGCUGCGAGAGAAGAAGUGGAGAGACUCAGCGUUUGAGUCUCAUUUGUAUCAUCUCUUAAUUUGCUCUUGCAAAGAAUCUGGUCGGCUUAACGAUGCUGUGAAGAUAUAUAAUCAUACGAUGGAGUCUAAUCUUCAUAUUACGUCUACGAUGAUCGACAUUUACACUUCGAUGGGCGAGUUUGGUGAAGCGGAGAAGCUUUAUUCGAAGAUGAAAUCCUCUGGAGUUGUGCUGGACAGGAUUGGUUUCAGCAUUGUUGUGCGGAUGUACAUGAAAGCAGGAUCUUUAGAAGAGGCGUGUUCUGUUAUAGAGAUCAUGGACGAGCGGAAAGACAUUGUUCCUGACGUGUUCAUGUUCCGAGACAUGCUUAGGAUCUAUCAGAAGUGUGGUUUUCAGGAGAAGCUCCAGGAGUUGUACUACAGGAUCCGAAAGAGCGGGAUCCAUUGGGAUCAGGAGAUGUACAACUGCGUUAUAAACUGCUGCGCACGUGCUCUUCCUCUUGAUGAGCUCUCGAGAACUUUCGAGGAGAUGAUUAGGUGCGGGUUUAGGCCUAACACAGUCACGUUCAACGUCCUCCUCGAUGUUUAUGGCAAAGCCAAGCGCUUCAAAAAGGUCAACGAGGUGUUCUUGUUGGCGAAACGACACGGAGUUGUGGAUGUGAUCUCUUACAACACCGUUAUAGCCGCGUACGGACACAACAGGGACUUCGAAAACAUGUCCACGGCGAUUAGGAACAUGCAGUUCGACGGGUUCUCUGUGUCUCUCGAGGCUUAUAACUCUAUGCUGGAUGCGUACGGGAAAGACAAACAGAUGGAGAAGUUCAGAAGCAUCUUGAAGAGGAUGAAGAACUCUGCUGGUAAAACUGAUCGUUAUACGUAUAACAUCAUGAUCAAUAUCUAUGGAGAGCAAGGGUGGAUCGAUGAAGUGGCGGAUGUGCUGAGGGAGCUGAAAGAAUCUGGACUUGGUCCUGACUUGUGUAGCUACAACACGCUGAUAAAGGCGUAUGGUAUAGGUGGGAUGGUUGAAGAAGCUGUUGGGUUGGUGAGAGAGAUGAGGGUGAGUGGGAUAACUCCUGAUAAAGUUACUUACACCAAUUUGGUCACGGCUUUGCGGAGGAACGAUGAGUUUCUUGAGGCUAUUAAAUGGUCCUUGUGGAUGAAGCAAAUGGGUAUAUAGAAAAAACUGAGUUUUCCAUACACAUAGCUGGUUCUUUAUUUCAAUGUUUUUUUUGUCUAUAGUUGGUGCUUCUGUUGAGGCAUGCAUGUACAAUCUAAUCAGUGAUUAAUAGUCAAUGAAUAAAUCAAAACAGUGUUGUCUGUCUGUCA